UACAUAAUUUUCACUGUCAAUGAUGCUAACAACAGACAUGAAUUGUAGGCCUACUUUAGACGUUUUGACGAGACGUACCGGUUUAGAAGUGUCGAGAUGUACGGUGAACACCAGUUAGAAUGGGAGAGAUAUUCGGAUUGAAGCCCACCACUCAAACCCUUCUCAUCGCCAUCCUAGGCUCUAUUGCCAGUAUCGCGUUCGUUAUCAUCAUAAUGUUCGCCAUCUACCAGUGCCACAGGUUAUGCAAGGAGGCAGGGGAGAGACGAAGGGACAGAGUGAGAGUUGUCAUCCCUCCGCUGAAUCGUGAGCCGUCUAUUUUUGUGGAGGCUGCGCCGUCUAUAUCCCGAGAAAUGAAGACAGAACCACCACCACCUUAUCCGUUAGACGUUGAGAACAACUCGCUGUUCCUGCCAUCUUUCGAUCACAGGAGCAGAUACCGCUCACCACCGCCACCUUAUGACGCAGUUUCCGGUACACGUUUAUCCACAUCGACUCACGGAGCCGUGGACAAUUCAAACAUGCCUGGCAGCGGAUGACGUGAACAAUUCAGGGGUGUAAUUAGAAUGCCAUCACUGUUUUUGCCAGAAGCCAUUUUCCGAACGAUCCCCAAUCCAGGCGGUGGUGAUCCAUGAGUCACAAUCGAGUGAAUCCAGCAGUCCAGCGAUCCAGUUUUUUCGUAAAAAAAAUUACGUAUGGAAGCACCCCCUAGACAAUGGUAGAGGUUUCUCGGUAAAAUGGAGAAAAUUUUGGAGGUUCUGAAAGGCGUUUCGUUUCACUAUGAUGGAAUUUGCGAACGGUUAUGGUAUCAAACAUUCCAAAAAACGUUUAGAAAUGAACAAAUUUUAUCAUAUACGUACAUAUGCCGCGAUACUUUCCUGAAAGGUAUUGUGGUAGCCUCUAUUAUUUCUAUGCUAAUGCACUGCAUGCAUCUAUAAAUUUUUACUAGUAUCGCAUGCGGUGCAGACGAAACAUGUAAUCAAAAAUUUAAAAAAUUAAUAAAACAUUG